ACAAACUUGCAUCCGCCUAUUCUCAUUGAAUUAUUUUUUGAAUCACUCUUUAAGCUCCAAAAUGGAGGCUGAAAGAAUUUUUGAAGAAUGCAUAAAACCUUCAUCGCCAACUCUUCACCCAAAAACAUACAAGAUCUCUCUAUUAGAUCAAUUUGUACCUUGUAUUUACUUUCCUGUAAUUCUUUUCUACCGAAAUGAAAACCCUAACCUUCCCGAUAUUAAUAGUAUCAUCUCCGAAAGAUCAAAGCUACUAAAGCAAUCAUUAUCUGAAACUCUAACUCAUUUUUAUCCACUUGCUGGAAGGAUUAAAGAUAAGCUUUCCAUCGACUGCAACGACGAAGGUGUAUUCUAUGUAGAGGCGAGAGUUAACACUUCGUUAUCCGAGUAUCAGAACCAACACGAGUUUCUCGCAUCAACAACGACAUUAUUGCCUGAAAAACUCAAUCAAUAUCAAGAAUUAGCUCCUGGAUCUUAUGUUGCUAUGAUUCAAGAAACAAAUUUUGCAUGCGGCGGCAUUACGAUCGGGAUAUUAGCCUCUCACAUGAUAAUGGAUGGAACUGCUUUAUCUUCUUUCCUAAGAUAUUGGGCUUCCGUUACUAGCAAAUCUCGCGAAGGAUUAGUUUACCCUAAUUUCGAUAGCUCAUUUCUCUUUCCACAAUAUGAAUCUUUCCCAAAAGAAGCAACUGUUUACGGAAUGAUGUCCUCUGUGGGGGUGCAAGUAGGGAAGAUUUCUAUAAAAAGGUUUAAAUUUGAUGCAUCAACCAUUGCUGCCCUCAAGGCAAAAGCAAUAAGCUUAAGUGUGGAAAAUCCUACUAGCGUUGAAGUGCUGUCCGCGUUGUUUAGCAAACAUAUUAUGGCCAUAUCUAAGGCGAGAUCAGGCGUUGAAAAACAACUUGCGAUAAUGCAUUCUGUGAAUUUACGUCGAAAAGCUUCGCCGCCUUUAUCAAAAAGCUCAAUGGGGAACUUCCUUUGGCAGGUAGCUACUUUAUGCAAACCGGACGAAGCAACAUUUAGUAGCAUAUUGAGGCAGAUUAGAGAUGCAAUCGCGAAAGUUGACGGCGAUUUUGUCAAGAAAUUACAAGGUGAUGAAGGGUUUCUUAACCUUUAUGAAAUGGUGAAGGAGACAAGUGGUGUGCUUCAUGAUGUGGAACAUAUAAAUUUUGUGAGCUGGUGUAAUUUUGGUUUGUACGAGACUGACUUUGGAUGGGGAAAACCUGCUUGGGUUACCAACUUCGUGGAUUGUCUCGGCAAUUCUGAAACUGUGCUUGCAGGUUCAUUAGUUUAUUUCAUGGAUACAAAAGAGGAGAAAGGGAUAGAAGCAUGGGCCUUCAUGAAUGAAAAAGAUAUGCUUUUAUUAGAAAAAGAUAGUGAUUUUCUUCAAUACGCUUGUGUUGAUCCUUAGAUAGUUUUUUUCACGAUCACCAUUGUGUUGACGUGAUAUUGCUUCAGCAUAUAUGCUUAUAUAUUUUCUUUAAAUGAAAGCCUUUUUUGUUUGACAAAAAAUACAUAAAGGGGAUAAAAUAAAAUUUUAUUUAUAAAA